AUGAUGAGACACACCGUCGCCGUGUUUCUGUGCGCUCUUGCGCUGCUGUUUGUGACCCUCACCGGCGCGCAGAAUCAACGCCCCACGCCCCUCGCCGCCAACCAGUGCGAACUCAACAACCGGUGUAGCGUCCACUGCUUCUUCCACGGCACCUGCAAGGAUGAUGGGUCGUGCGCGUGCAAGCAGGGCUGGAAGGGCGUGAACUGCACCGAGCCCACCUGCGACUCCUGCGGCAAGCACGGCCACUGCACUCCCCAUGGCUGCAAGUGCUCGGUGGGCUACACGGGCGACGACUGCAGCCGGCUGGUGGGCGUGCUCCCCUUCACCCACCCGUACUGCAGCCUCGAGGGCGAGUGCGUGUGCGACGCCCACGGCAACCACUGCGAUAGCGACUCCCGCAUCGGACCUGAUCUGGUUCCGGUCAUGGACACCAUUCGCCCCUACGUCGAGUACAAGAACUUCGAGGCCUGCAGCUGUGCGGUUGAUGAGGGAUGCGCGCAGGCUCGCCCCUCCAAGCUCCUGCGAUUCUCCAUGGAGACCCUCAACAAGGGUAAUGCCGAUCUGUUCAUUGGUGACCCGGGUGACUACAUGGAGAGCUACCUCUGGCACCAGUGCCACCAGCACCCGCACUUCACCCACUGGGUGAACUUCGCGCUGAUCCCGCAGUUCGAGUCGGCGCACAACAACACCCGCUUGGGUUUCAAGAGCGGAUCCACCAUUAUCGACUCGCGCCGCCGAGACCAGUCCUCGGCGAGCCUCGUGAGGCGUAAGUUCACCGACAAGCAGCAGGGCAUCCAAAUCGGCUGGACCGACUGGUAUCCGUACUGGCUCGACUGCCAAUGGAUCGACGUCACCGGCCUCGAGCUCGGUCCCUACAUUUUGGAAGUUGUGGUCAACCCCAACCACAAAGUGCACGAGAUCAACUACGAGAACAACCGCGGACAGAUGCUGAUCGAUUGCCGCCCGUCGUGCGUGCACGGCAAGUGCGACUUCGGCCACUCGUGCGUGUGCGAGCCCGGAUGGACGGGCCGCGCCUGCGACCUUGCUGCGGCAGAGCGUGCGAUUGGCGAGGGAGACGAAGACGAAGGCGACGAGCACGACGCUGUGCUCGACCCGAUCGAUGCUGAUGAGCAGCUGGAGCAGGGGCACGACCUGCGCAGGCGGUACGUGGUCGCGGCUGAGCCCGAGCCCGAAGCCGAAGCCGACGUUGUCCACGACAAGUCAGAUGAAGGCCAAGAAGAAACGGAGCAGGAGGAGAGGGUCUGUACGCCGCAGUGCGAGGGGCUGCACUGCGGACCAGAUGGGUGCGGUGGCGCCUGUGGCUACUGCGACGACUUCCAGCACUGCUCGCCCGACGGUUUCUGUGAAUGCACGCCGCAGUGCCUGCCGGACCGACGAUGCGGAUCCGAUUCCUGCAAUGGACUAUGCGGUGAGUGCCUGGAGGACGAGAUCUGCGAGUCUGAGCAUAGCCAGUGCGUCAUUUGCGAGGAGACCUGCGCGUCGGGCAUGUGCGGCUACCUGUGCGACGGCCAAACCAUCUGUCCCUGCCCGGACGGAUGGUUGUGCGACGAGAGCCGGACCUGCGUGUGCGUCCCGCAGUGCGAGGGGAAGGAGUGCGGAGCGAGCGACGGCUGCGGCGGUACCUGUCACGUGGCGGGCUGCGGCAACAGCACCUGCGUCCCCAACUGCCACAACCGCGCGUGCGGUGAUGACGGAUGCGGCGGUUCCUGUGGUCAAUGCGCAGAGCACUUUGUCUGCCUCGAGACGGGCCACUGUUUCAACGGUCAAUGCUACUGCGAUGAUUCCUGUGCCGACAUCGAGUGCGGCUACAACCAGUGCGGACGCUCGUGCCCGAGCAUCGACUUUGACUGCAGCGAGGCGAGGAAGAGCCACGGCGGUCACAACUUUGUGUGCCUUCUGAGCAAGUGCGCGUGCGAGUCGACUUGCGACGGCCUCGGCUUCGUCGCGUGGUGCAAUGGAUCUUGGUCAGACAUGCGCUGCUUCAAUGACUGGCGAUGCGUCGAGAAGCGCGACGCGGGCGUGGCUCUGCGCGGCUACGAGGUCGAGAUGCACUACCUCACCACCGCGUUUGUCCCGCCCCACAAACCCUCUCGGUCUGCGCGAGCGUCAGACGACGCACAGGAGCUCGAGCGCGCGCGGUGGCUGCGUCACGUGACGGGCCUGCUGGGCGUGCCGACCGGAAGCGUGGUCGUGCACAACUGGACGCAGACGCGGGUGGAGGCGGACCACCAAGGCAACACCGACGCGGUGGUGGUCGCCUUCUCGCUGAUGAGUCUCCGCAUCGGCCACCCCUUGGCCAACGCCAGCGCGUCGACCAACGCCACCGUGCUCGCCCUGCUCGCCACCGCGCCCAGCGUGUUCGCCGAGCGACUCAUCAACACGACCAGCGACGCCGCCUCCCGGCUGCAGCACUGGGACAACCGCGGCUUCUUCUCCGUCGCCAUCGGCCCGGGCUCGCCCGGCGGCGGUGGCGGCAGCGGCGCCGACCCGAACGACGAGAGGUGGGAGCGAUUCGCGACCGUGGUGGUGCUCGGGCUGGUGAGCGGGGUGGUGGCGGUGGGCCUGGUGGCCGUGGCCAUCAUCGCCGUCGUCCGGUGGCGUCGCCGACGGAGCCAGCAGACCGGCCUCUCCUGGGUCCUCACCGAAGAGGAGGAAGGUCUCUAA